AUGAAGAUCCUACAUCUAUGUGUGAAAGAUGGAGAGCGAGAGAUUACACGGAAGGCCAAGCAGCUGGAGCUCAGAGACCAGGAACUGAAGAAACAGGAUGCCUUCUACAGGGAACAGGUUGCCAGGCUGGAGGACAGGAGUGCUCAGUUCUACAAGCUGUCCACAGAGAACUACCACAAGGCUGCCGACGGAAUCAACGCAAAGUUCAAGCGGUUUGAGGUGAGUCCAGUGUGUGCUGAUGUGCAGGGUCAGAUCCUGAAGUGCUACCAGGAACACAGUGGGAAGACGCUGCUCUGCUCCACCAUCGCCUCCCGCUACCUGCAGUGUGUCAACCAAGCUAAACAGAAUGGCAAUAAUGAUCUUGCCCCGCUAUGGGCAACCGCUACAGAUAUUAGAAAAACAAGUUGAGGACUGGGGGCUAAGAGUGAGGUGCUGUGGCAUUACGGUUUAUAAACCCUUUAUCGACUGCAAAUGAGAGGAGAGGAGAGGAAGCACCAGAGAUCGCAACCCCGACUCGAGGUAGAAACAGAACCGCAACCUGACCAGAACCAGGAACACAAGACAACCAGACAACCCUGAGAGAGAUGGACACCCCUUAGCCCAACACCCUUCUCCCCCACCCCCACUGACCCCCAAACCCGUUACUCCUUCGUAAGAUCCCACCUACAGUACCUACACCCCUUCUCCAAACCCCACUCCACUGCAUGUCUAUCUCUACUACCAAGAGGGAGGAGGACAACGGUAGCACUUCCUAAAGAGUACAGUGCAGUAGCUCCAUCACGCAGCAGCAGUAGGAGCAGUGCAACUGUCCGCCAUGUUGGAGAUGCAUGAAUACAUGCAGAGACAGAGAGUUUAAGCCUAGGCGGAGUCCACCAGAACCAAUGCAGGCCCAGAGCUGAAAAUAUCCUCACGGUCUGAACCACUAUCAUUACCAACACCCAUCACCACCCAACCAGCUCACCCCUCUUAUAAAGCCACUAGUCU